AUGCCGUCUGCUCCGCGUGUGCUGAGCCUGCUUUUGUGGGCGGCGGGUUGUGCCUCACAAGUCUCCGCGCAAAAGACCCCAAGCCAGUGUUCACUCGAGAGCGUGAGCGCCCUCCUUAUACCAGAAAACCAAGCCGAGGUCUUGACGACUUUACAAUUAGGUGACAAUGGCACCUUUGGAGAGGUGGGCAACAUCGCCUACCCCCAAAACGCGACGCACCUUCCGCCCCUCUGCGUCGUCUCCAUCAACGUCACGUCCUCGCCGACAUCGUCCUACACAUUUGGUCUAUUCCUACCAGAUGAGUGGAAUGAUAGGUUCCUCGCGGUCGGUAACGGGGGGUUCUCGGGGGGUAUCAACUGGUACGCCAUGGGCACCGGCGUCAAAUACGGCUUCGCGACAAUGUCGACUUCCACAGGCCACAACUCGUCGAACCAGGACAUGGGCUGGGCGCUCAACAACCCUGAGACAAAAGCUGACUGGGCAGGGCGCAGUCUCCAUGGUUCGACCGUCGUCGCGAAGCAGAUUGUUGAGGGAUACUACGGCGCCGCGGCCAACAGGUCGUAUUAUUCCGGUUGCUCAACAGGUGGCCGGCAGGGCGUGAAGUCGGCGCAGGACCACCCAGAGGACUUUGACGGGAUCCUUGCCGGUGCGCCGGCGUGGAUGUCUACGAGCCAGCAGCUGUGGCAGCUCAAAGUCGGGGCUGUGAAUCUGCCCGAGGACGGGCCCGGGUACCUCCCGCCCGCCGUGUUUGACGCCAUCAGCGACGAGGUUCUGCGGCAGUGCGACGGGUCUGACGGUGUCGUCGACGGCGUGGUGAUGAACCCUACGCACUGCAACUUCCGGCCUGAGAAGAUGCUCUGCAAGACCGGCGCGAGCUCGAACCGCUCCACUACGUGUCUGACGGCGCCGCAGAUCGCGACACUGAAGCAGCUGUACCGCCCGCUCAUCCAGCUCGACGCCGACGUUCACAAUUUGACGUACGUCUACCCCAACUUUGGCCUCGGUUCCGAGAAGCAGAUGCCGUCGUCGUUCGGAUCGAACAACGAGCCCAGCCUCUACGGGACGGAGUACGCCAAGAAUUACCUCUUUGAGGACCCGUCGUGGGACUGGACGACGCAGUUCGGCUACUCUACUUUCGUCGAGGCCGCGCGGCUGAACCCGGGCAACGUGAACGCGGACAAUUUUGAUCUCUCUGCGUUCUAUGAGAGAGGCGGGAAACUGGUGCAGUACCACGGCUACGCAGACGGUUUGAUCCCGACGGACGUGAGCCGCGUGUUAUACGACGAGACGUGGGCGGCCAUGGCGGCGCGGGGGGUCGACCUGGACGAGUUUUGGAGGCUGUUCUUUGUGCCUGGGAUGCAGCACUGUUCGGGCGGGGUGUACGAUGCGCCGUGGUACUUUGGUGGCAGCGGGCACGCUGCGGCGCUGGAGGGGAACGGGCAGCAUGUGUUCCCUGUGCCUGGCGUGGAUGAUGCGAGGUACGAUGUGUUGCUUGCGCUUGUUGAGUGGGUCGAGGGUGGCGGAGAGGGCGUGAGGGAGAUUAUUGCGACCAAGUUUGCUAAUGAUACUGUUGACAAGGGGGUAUUGAGGCAGAGGCCGAUUUGUAGUUACCCUGGAUACGCUUUAGCUCUGCGGCCGUCGCAAAUCCGACGGAUGCUGGAGGACGAUGACAUGUCAGUGGAUGACGUGCCAGAAGACGAGGGUCAAGGGUCUCCUCGCCAGACAUACAACUUCGCACCAGGCUACCACGGCGUCGUCUAUCGCGCCGAUGUCCCGGACCGUGGCGCGGGCCAUGGCCGUCAUCAAGGGAACAGCCAACAGGAUGGUGCCGCCUCAAGCCAGUCUCAAAGCAACGAUGGCAGCGACAGCUCGGUCAAGUACAAGUUGCAGUCGAUGCAAUGGGGGUUGAUUCCAUUUUGGACGAAGCGCGAUCCCGGCUACGCCACGCUCUCCAAGACGAUCAACUGCCGCGACGACUCUCUGAGCACGCCUGGCGGUAUGUGGUCGACCAUGAAGGCGGGGAAACGGUGUAUCGUCGUCGCUCAGGGGUUCUAUGAGUGGUUGAAGAAUGGAAAGGAGAAGACGCCCCAUUUUGUCAAGAGGAAGGACGGGCAGCUCAUGUGUUUUGCUGGGCUGUGGGAUUGUGCACAGUAUGAAGGUGAGCAUCCCCAAGCCUCAAUCGUUUCGAGCGGGUCUAACUUUGAGAUAGACGCCCAAGAGAAGCGAUAUACCUACACCAUCAUCACGACAGACUCCAACAAGCAGCUCAAGUUCCUCCACGACAGGAUGCCAGUCAUCCUCGACCCGGGCUCCAAAGAGCUCAAGACGUGGCUGGACCCAAAGCGGCACGAAUGGUCCAAAGAGCUGCAGGACCUCUUGAAGCCAUUCGACGGCGAGCUCGAAUGCUACGCCGUAAGCAAAGAGGUCGGCAAGGUUGGCAACAACUCACCCUCCUUCAUCAUCCCCGUCGCGAGUAAGGAGAACAAACACAACAUUGCAAACUUUUUCGCCAAUGCUUCUGCCAAGCAAAAGUCCAAGGAGGCCAGGAAGCUCGAGCCUACUAUCGAGACAAAAGAAGAGCCCAAGGAGUCACAAGUUGGACAGAGCCAGCCGGUGCCGGAAGUCAUCGCCAAGGCGGCUGAUAAGGAGGGCAGCCAGCAGGAAGCGGGGGUCAAGCGGGAGGCACCUGACGCUGGUGAAGAUGCAGAAGAGGAGCCGCCUAGGAAGACUUCGAGGGUUUCACCUGUGAAGGGACGGCAGAGCAGGAUCAACCCAACGAGUAAUGGGAGUAAGAGUCCUGUGAAGUCGAAACAGGGCGGCACACAGAAGAUCACAAAGUUCUUUGCCAACAGCUCUUGA